UAGUAGUGACGGAGAUGGUGGUACUGCUUGGUUCCGUGGCGAUAGUCGUCGCUUGCUAUGUCUUAGUAUAUUAUUUUGGGUUCAAGGGGGUGAGGUGCUUUACUCCAGUGAAGCUGGGGGGAAAGACGGCCGUCGUGACAGAAUCCUCCCAUUAAAAUGAGUGGCCCGAAGAAAAGAAAGGUGGACACUAAUCCUGAUUGGCUGAUGGAUCUGUGACGUCACUGGGACACUCCAUUAGGUACACACCCAUUUUCAGGUGUACCUCCUGAUUGGCUGUUGGAUCUGUGACGUCACUCGGACACUCCAUUAGGAGGCAACACGGGUAUUGGUAAAGCCACAGCUUUGGAAUUGGCUAAGAGAGGUUCCAGGGUCAUUUUAGCCUGCCGUAACCAGAAGAAAGCUGAAGCUGCUGUGUUAGACAUCCGCAGAGAAAGUGGGAACAAUCAGGUUGUGUUCAUGCAGUUGGAUCUUGCAAGUCUUCAGUCUGUACGGAGUUUUGCUGAAACCAUCUUAAAAACUGAGCUCCGAGUGGACAUUCUUAUCAACAACGCAGGUCUGAUGGGCCCUGGAUGCACAGAGGAUAGUUUUAGCAUGGCAUUUGGAGUCAAUCACCUCGGUCACUUCCUGCUCACCAACCUUUUCCUCAAGCGAAUGCAGCAGUGCGGACCCAGUCGCAUCGUAAACGUGUCUGCCCUUCUCCACCGCCUUGGUAACAUUGAUUUCUCCCUCCUGGCUUCCAAACAAGAUUUGGAGACAAGCCAGUCAAUCUGGCACAACUUUCAGGACUACUGCAACAGCAAGCUGUGUAAUGUGCUCUUCACCAGAGAACUUGCUAACAUGCUAGAGUGCUCAAAUGUGACUUGCUACAGCCUCCACCCAGGGAUUAUCUACACCGAAUUAUGCCGCAAUAUGAGCAUGUGGCAACAAUUUCUGUUAAUGCCAUUUGCCAAGCUUUUCUUUCUCGACCCUGAGGGUGGCUCCCAGACCACCCUGUACUGUGCCCUUCAAGAGGGCAUUGAGGCUCUCAGCGGCCGCUAUUUUUCCAACUGUGCCCUGCAACAGGUGGGACACAAAGGGCGAGAUGAUGCCCUGGCAAAGAAACUGUGGGAGGAUUAUGGCAGUGAUACUAUUUUUUUCUUGAGCCACAUCAGAAGAAAGAAACCAGGAGGAGAGCUGCAUAUGUACAUUAACAUACAACGGGCAGACGUGAGUGAUGGAUGGCGUGAGACAUCCAUGUGGAAGGUGUUGUCAGACUUGGAUGCAGAGUGCCAACAAAAAGAUGACACCACUCUCAUCGGACUGAUCCAGGACGGUGAUGAGACUGCGUACAGACAGGAGGUGGAGCGGCUGGUCCACUGGUGCAGCCAAAACCACCUGGAGCUGAACCCGCUGAAGACCGUGGAGAUGACAGUGGACUUCAGGCGAGACCCUUCAACACUUUUACCCCUCACUAUCCGCAGUAAUACUAUUCUCUCCACAGACACCUUCAAGGUCCUGGGAACCACAAUCUCCCGGGACCUGAAAUGGACCGGCCACAUAGACUCUGUCCGGAAGAAGGCCCAGCAGAGGCUGUACUUCCUGAGACAGUUCAAGAAGUUCAACCUGCCGCGAGAGCUUCGAAAGACCUUCUACACUGCCAUCAUCCAGUCUGUCCUCUGCACCUCCAUCACUGUCUGGUUUGGAUCGGCCUCCAAACAAGACAAGCACAGACGGCAACGGACAAUCAGGAUUCCAGAAAAGAUCAUUGGAAUCAACCUCCCAUCUAUCCAAGACUUGUACCUGUCCAGGACCAGGAAACAUGCAAGGAACAUCUCUACAGACCCUUCUCACCCAGGUUGCAGUCUGUUUGAACUACUCCCCUCCGGACGGCGUUACAGAGCUCGGUACGCCAAAACCAGCAGACACAGAGACAGGUUCUUCCCCCAGGCUGUUGCUCUGAUGAACUCACACAACUCUUAGAGUCUCAGAGUCAUUACUGUGCAAUAACAUCCUGCUCUCCACACCUUUUUUUAAUUUGUCUACACUGUUUGUACUAUGUGUCCUCUCUGCAUCCAUUGCAGCCUGGUCAUCCUGGAAGAGGGACCUUCCCAUCUGUGGUCUCUUCUCAAGGUUUCUCAUUUCCCCUAGCUGGAGUUUUGAGUUUUUCCUUGCCCUUUUGGGAGUUUAAGAUCAGGGGAUGUUUGAGAAUAUUUGCCAUUUUUCACAUGUCCUGAGUGUUGUUAGUCACCUAAAUGUUGAACAGAGGGUGUGAUUUACCAAAGUCAAAUUCCUUGUUUGGCAAGCUCAAACGUGGCGAAUACAAACUCUUGAAUCUUGAAUCUUGAAUUUAGCAGCGCCUAUCUAGACAUCUACAAAAAAAUUAAAACAAUAAUUACAAACACCA